UCAUUAUCCUGACAGAAUAGUAAACACGGACGAUAUUGGUCGCUUAAAGUAAUUUCUGAAGAUUAAUGAGGUUAUGAACUGUGGUUUUUAAUAGUUUAGUGAAACUAACACACAGUUAAGCUAAUAAUUAACCGAGCUAACAUAGGCUGACUAGCUAACUAGCUUUUUUAGCUAGCAGGAAACAAUGAACUGACCCCACUGCUUUUGAUUCUGAACUUCAUGAGAAGAAACGACUACAGCCAGCAGAUAUUUUUGAUUACACCCGGACAAUAAUCAUGUUUAGUUUUCUUGGACUUCGUAAGGACUCAAAGAAGUCGACAGAGAAGGAAGUUGAAGGAGGCUUUGUCAUCAUUGGAGAGACGGUGGAAGAACAGAGGAGGAAGAUGCAGACCAUGAACAUCACACAGCCAUCAACAAAUGUCAUUGUACAUCCAUCCAAGUCAUCCCUUCCAUAUCCAGCUCAGCCCACAAAUCUCCCUGCAGCAUCUCCAUCCUCGGCUCCACUAGCAGGAAGCUCCACAGUGGAAACUGCUCCGACUCUCCCAGAUCUCCUUGGAGACGUCCCCUUCACUCUGGCUCCUCACAUCCUUGCCAUGCAGACUGGAUUCCCCCUGAUCCCUGACGUGCUGAUGUCCCGGGACAUAAACUACAACCUGGCUAGUUUUCAGUACGACUUCACUCUAGAAAACUCUGUGCUGCAUAAUGUCUAGUCUUUUACAAUUUAAACAUCUGUGUGACAAAGGAGGCACACUGUAUGGAGGAAUAUUGGUCGUACUAAAGAUUCUGCAUUAAAAUGAACAAAAAAAAAUAGAAUUCUGUAGUAUUGUGAACAAGUUAAAACUUACUGAAUCACAUAAAACACAAAGUCUAAGAUAAUGAAAAACAGAGUUUAAGUUUUUUUAAUUCAUGACCAUCUUCAACUGUAAAAGUAGAGGACAGGAAAUCAAAUAAUAUUCAACGACUCCACAAAGAGCUUUUAAACUUCUGACUUGAGAAACCCAAGUUGUGACUUUGGAGAAAUUGGAUCUAUUUGUACUUUAUCAGUUUCUUUUUUGCUUCUGUUUAUGUAAACACAGCGGCUUGGGAUCAACCAGUUGUCAUAGCAUUAGAUCUGUUAAGGCUUUUCUGAAAGUUUCACCAAAAAAUGAAUUUGGUGAAGUCAAUACUCCCCAAAAAUGUGAAAUACCAUAUUAUUAAAGUACAGCCAGCUAAAGAGGAAAAGCCAAUGCAAAUGUGCCCUUGACCUACAUUUUCUAUUGCCCCAGGAAGCCAAAUUGAUGUGUGUUCAUUUCUGCUAUUCUGAAUUGAUUUAGGGUGUCUAAAGUCCAAUAUUUAAAAAGCUUUAAAAAUAUUAUCUUUUAAAAAAAAGUGUAUUGGAUAGGAAUACAUCAAUCAAAAACUGCAUGCCUUCACACAUACUGUAAAACUUGCACUAAUACAUUGUUAAUGUCCUCUUAAGGAAAAGGUUUAACAAUAGUAGAACUAUCCUUUUGGACCUUUGAGCCAAACUUAAAGCAUUUAAGUCAGAGUGGUUAUAUAUGAUUUAAUUUUAAAAAUCUAAAAAAAUAACCUCAGUGUUCGCUGAGUUAGGCCGAAUUGAUGUGGGUUUGUGUGCUCACCACAAACAAACUAAUCCAGGAAGUAGUACAGAGACCCACCUUUUCAAGUGGUCACAGUCCGGUUGUUUGGUCUGCACCAGGGCUCAGUGGUCAGCUUUCACACCAGAGCAAACAAACCAAACUAGCGCUGCAAAGGCACUUGAGUACAUUUCAAUCGAACCAAACAGGUUAGGUGUAAAAGCACCCUUAAAGAGAAAAGGAUUGAGAGAAAACUUUUGUAUAAAGACAGGACUGUGGCAGCCUGGAGAGGUGGUCAACAAGCAGCACACAUGCCCCUUGUAUGAAAGCCAUGAUAGUGCGAGUGAGUGCUGCCACAGAUGUCUCACCGUAAACAUGCAGCCAGUCUGCAACAGGCGUAAUGCUACAUUAUAGAGGCAACAUUUAAUUUAAGGGAAUUAAAGUAAGAAAUUGCCCAUUAAUUGAAGCUUUGGACUUGUAUUUUUGUUACUGUAUUCAUAUAGUUAGAUUUGUUUUCUAGCAUUGUAUCAGUGUUUAAAACUUUGGUGUCAUGACAACACUUCACUGCAAUAUGGCUGAUGUAGCUCCCCCAGUAAUAAUAAACAGAAGCAUCAUCUGAUGGUGACAUGCCUCUAUGAGGUAUACUAUCUCUGGGCAGUGAAAGUACAGUGGCAGGUUAAGUAGGUAGCUCCAAAUAUGCUACAGUAUGGUCAAGGUCCAAAUCUGACUAGUCUUCAUGAAGGUUUGUGCCAAAUUUGACAAAAGCCCAAUGCGUAAAAUAAAAAUAUAUGUGGUCAAUUUUUUGUUCAAAAGAUUUGAGGUCACAGUGACCUUUGAUCUCAAAAAUGCAUUCAGUUUGUCCUUGAGCCAAAGUGGAAAAAUGUAAAAAAUAUGAAGGCAAUCGCUCAAAGACGGAGAUAUCACCGUCGUAAGAAUGGCUCUGUAGACAGACUUGUAGAUGGACAGCCUGAGAGCUUAAGGCCUCCAACCCUGGCUAUUGCCAGCAUAGAGGCAUAAAUAAAGGGCAUGUAGAAGCAAGAAAAGUUUCACUAAACUAUGAUGUAUAGCUGACAACAGGGAUGUUUUUAUGAUUCAUUUAACUUUAGAACACGUUUGACUAACAGGGUAACGUUGCAAUAACCAAUCUGAUCAUCUCCUACCUGUAAGGAAGCUAACAAGUCCAAAGUAAAAUGUUCUUGGCAAAUUUGUUGUAUUAAGCCUAAGGCAUGGGUUGGUUUAUUAAUAAGUAUUUGCUCUCUCUAACUAUGCCACUCUUGUGUGUCAUUUUAUGCCACCCAUUGCAAUAAAAUAAAGUAGACUUUCCAAAAGGAUACAACAAAGAAGACAUUUCGGACAUUUUCAGCUGGUACUAAAAAUAGACCCAAGUACAUGCAGGGUAAACAUCACAGAUGUAGGUCUGUUUUUCUUCGUUUGACUUCUUUUUCAGAAUUUUGCCAGAUCUCAGCAAUAAAAACCAUGGUACUACCCUUUUAUUAUAUAAUCAAAAAGGGUGGUCAUAUGAACAGAAGAGUUUGAUAAAGAGGGAUUAACCCAUGAAUGAUGUUGACAAGUUUGUGCAGUUACUUCCAUAGUCCUCUCAAGCUGCAUUUUAGGGUGCAGUUUCACUUCAACUAGGACAGAACAGACAACUUUGAUAAAGUGGUGGUGAGAUAAUGAAGCAAUAACUUUGAUCAAAGCUGAGUACUUAAACAAGAAAAUGAGCAAAACUCAAGUUUUUGAAAAGAACGAUGGAUGUAAAUUUAAAAAUCAUGUUGCAAGUAUCUUUUGAAAUAUCUUCCUUUUUUGUACAAGCUGCAGCAUGUAGAGAUUAUUUGAAAUGCAAGGAAAUUAUUUAGCAUUUCAUACCUAUUUUUACACUACAACAGCCCUUAUUUAAUAAUUUGAUAUAACAUUUAUGUUAAAACAGCUCCUCCAUCAUUUUUCCAACUUAUUGUCACCAUAUUCAAAUUUUUCUCCUCGAAUGUGGCCUUCCUUUGGAUUCUGCUUGUGUUUUUUUCCCUGUUUGCUUUAGUAUUUGUGUUAUUUAUUCUUUCAAUAUUUUCUCUUGGUCCCUCUGUGUGUGUUUUAUGGCACAUAAUUUUCAUGAAACUGCAGUAAAAUAAUCAUAAGUUAAGACUCUGCACUUGUCUCUACAACAGAACUUGUUUAAAGCCAUUAAACGAUGUACUGUGCUUAAAGUAUACCUGUGAGAUUUACCUGUGUGAUCACAUUGAACAUGUUGAACUGUUUAUGCUGAAAUUUAGCGGUGUUUGGUGCUCGGCUCAGACUUGCUGCUAAUUUAUAAAUAAUGAAACCUUUAUUGACUUUAUUCUCCUGUCAUUUAAUCUGAUUCCUGAACUUUAAACCUGAUGUGCCUUCGACAAAUUGUUGAUGUUCCUUUUACUGUCAUUUUUCCAUGGAAGAUAUUCAGACCUUCUUAAGAAUCUUUCUUUCCCCUCAGUUAUAUUACAUACUGUAUCUAUCAAUGCUGUAAUGUGAUCCUUUGGUUGUGACCGUUGACUGCAACUUAUGUGACAAAUAUAAGUGAAGGAUAUUAUUUAA